GAUUUUUUGUACGCGAUGCAUCUGGGUCAAACAAACUGAUUUUUUUCUUUACACAUUCAUGUGCUUAUAACUUUCAUUUUUUUAGUUCAAACGCAGGGUGAAUUUUAAAUUGUCCAGGUUUUCUGAUGGAUUGUUAACUUAUUAAAAUCUACAGCCAGGGAUGCAGCAGCCAGCCAACCCCAGGCCUCGGGUCGAUCCAAAUGCUUUGGGAGAAGUUGACCCAACGGAAUAUCCGGAGCCGAAAGAAUCCACACAUAAGAUCAGAGGAAGAUCGGAUAUUUUAGAAUUAUUAUUCGGAGAUGAGAACCAAGAAUUGAUUGUGGUAAAAUUGUUUUAUUUCUUCUUCUACUCGGCCUUUGGAUCCUUAUUUCCACUUAUGGGAGUGUACUUCAAACAACUGGGAAUGGAUCCGAGUCAGUGUGGAAUGUUGAUUGGUUGCAGACCUUUCGUUGAGUUUUUAUCGGCACCUUUUUGGGGCAGUUAUGCUGAUAGAUGGAAAAAAGGAAAAACUUUGUUGCUGGCUUCAUUAUCUUGUUGGAUUUUAUUCACAUUGCCCAUCGGAUAUCUUCAACCUCCCGCUCGUAAUUGUAUCAAACAAUAUGGCAAUAAAGUGAAAUUGGAACUUCCUAGCACCACGUUUUUGUUCAACGAUCCGUCAAAGGAUAAAGUUUUACCAACAACAGACCCGAAUGAUACAACUCCAUCGAGUGUUUCCCUCGCCCAAGCAGAUGUUGGAAAAUCACCUCUGAAAGUAAUAGAUACGACAAAUCCAAAUGCAGAAAAUUUAGUUUCACCUCUGUAUUCAUCUGUGGUGUAUAAAACUGAAGACGUUCAAAAAUCAUUUUUCCUCAUGUUACUUUUGAUUAUCAUCGGCGAAUUCUUCAGUGCUCCGGCCAUCACGCUUGUGGAUUCUGCGGUAAUUACUCUCCUUGGCGAGGAUGCUGAUCGUUAUGGUCAUCAGCGUAUGUUUGGGUCUGUUGGCUGGGGCUUGUCGAUGUUCUUUUUGGGUAUUGCUUUGGAUCGAUCAACUGCUUUUACAAAUCACCCUUGUGGUUUGCCUGGUGAACGAGAAAAAAAUUACCGCACCUGUUUCUUCGCAUUCUCUGUCCUGAUGGGAGGAGCUUUAAUCUCAGCUACUCAAAUCACUUUCCGUUAUGAAGAUCCGCCUGAAACGAAAGAGCCACAGAAACAACCGCUUUCCCAAGAUGAAGAUGAUGCUUUGGAGCAAGAAGUUGCCAGGCAGUUGAAUUUACCUUCGUUGGCAUCACACCCCUCAGGAGGAUCUGGUCAAAGAAGACAACCAAUUCCUCGGAUAGAAGGUGAAGAUGGUCAGACACAGCCUAGUGUUGGAAAGACAAAAAUGUUCGCUCAAACUACGAGGGAAAUGCCGGAAUGGAUGACUGUUUUGAAACACUUUGGAAAUCUGAAAUAUGCGUCCUUUUUAUUCGUGGCAUGGCUCAUGGGCUUCGGAAUUGGAUUAAUAUUCACGUUUCUCUUUUGGCAUUUACAAGAAGCUGGUGGUACUCCUACACUUUUUGGAUUGGCUUCAAUCAUUAACCACAUUUCUGAAAUCCUGGCUUAUUUUUGGAGUUUUAAAUUGAUACGACACUUUGGACAUAUCAAAGUUCUCUGUCUGGGUUUAUUUGGCAAUGUAAUCAGAUUUUUAUAUGUAGCAAUGCUGACAAAACCAUGGCUUGUUUUACCAUUUGAAUUAAUGCAAGGUAUAACUCAUGCUGCUGUUUGGGCUGCUUGUUGUUCAUACAUAGCUCACAAUACACCUCCUGAAUUACGAAAUUCAGCUCAGGGUGUGCUACAAGGAUUACAUCAUGGAUUAGGUCGUGGUUGUGGAGCAAUAAUUGGAGGAUUUUUCGUCAGAAGCUAUGGUUCUCCUGCAACUUUCCGAGGUUAUGGUAUUUUCUGUGCUCUGGUGCUUGCUGCAUUCAUAUUCAUUAAUUUCUACAGAAAAGAUACAGGGUUCGUCUCAGAUUUACCCAUGAGUGAAGACCCACAUCAGGUCAUGGAGGAGAGUAUUCAUCUAGCCCCUCAUGGAGUUCCUAGUAAUCCUAUACCUCGCGUAUUGUCAAGCUCUAAAUUGCAAGAUUUAACCAGCGAAGGACAAAGUUAUGGUACUACGAAUAAUACACCAUCGAAUAAUUUGCAUCCAAAUUCAGGUCGAGGUUCGAAAAAUCCAUUUUUACAAGAGAGUGACUUGAAUCAUCAAUCUAAUCAAACUUACUCGCAUGAAACAGAAACAAAUAUUUUGAAUAUUGCCAAAAAUUACGAAAGUAUGUCGCAAAUGAAUGAUAAAAUGAACGAUGAAUGGAUGGAAAAACAACCUCUCACCAGUAUUCAUAUACAACAACCCCAUAAUAUCAUUAAAGCAUAUGACUGGUAAAAAAAAUAAUGCGAAGGUCAAUACUUAUUUGAUCUGCGGUUAUAACAUUCCUUUGAAUUUUUUUGAGAUACAUUUUAAAAUUAAACAUAUCAGUAAUUCUAUUUCGUUAUAUUGUUUAAGUUUAUUCCUCAUGGAUACUCCUAUUUAUAAAUUUCAUGUUGUGUUUUUUUGUCUAGUCAAGAUUAGUUUACCUAUAAUUAGAGAGAAUGCGUACAAUAUAAAAGACCUGUGUUGUUUGUGUAAUGAGUACCUACCUAAGUUUAACAAGCGCUUACUUUUUUUUAAAAAAAUGGUUUAUCUUUUGCAAAAUGCAAACUUGUUUUUCUUUAUGUAAAUACUAAUUUGUAAUAAAAAUUUAAUUAUCAUGCUAAGAAAAAGUUACCUGUAACCAACUACGUUUUGUAUUGGGUAUACAAACACAAAUUUAUUUUUAUAAAAGUCUGAAUUUUCUAAUGAUAAAAUUCACGUAUCUAAAAUUCCAUUUUAUACAUUUAAUGUAUCGUGUAAAUAUUUUUUAAAACUCCAAAUUUAUCGAAUUAUAAUCUACCUUUCUUUAGCUACUUAUCUCCUUUUUUUCGCCUUCCUAUUUACUUUCACUUAUUACUUUUCACUUUUUCAAUUUCCAUGUCUGUUUUGUAGGUGUAAGAAUGAACAUUACAGAUAAUGUGUUCAUACAAUAAGAAUUUUAAAGAUUUAGCUGUUAGGCAAUUGUUAUAAAAAUUUAAAAUUCGCCUAUUUUACUGACUGAAAUAUUUGUAACGAGCAUCUUUUACAUAUCUAAGAAUCCGGAAUCCGCCAACCGCCAUAAUGAAGUUAUAUGUAUUUUGUAAUAAAAAUUGUUGAAAUUGACAUUUAUAUGUAUGUACUAUGUAAUAGCUUUAAAUUGUUGAAUUUUUACACUGUACAUUAGAAUGGCACGAAUUAUGAAAAUAUAUAACGAAAUAUACUUACGAGAUAACUUCGAAAUUUUUUCAACUAAUUGUAAGUUGAUUAGGCAACAUCACACAGCCCAAAAUACAGCUGUGUUAGACAGAUUGCCUAUCGCAGGGCGCCACGAAUUGAAAAUUUUGUUUUCAAGUUCGUAUCUUUAUGGUCAUUUCUGUUUUAUAAUAGGCGGAUAGGCGGAUGAACAAAAACAAAAAAAUAUGAAAUAUAACUCAUCAAUUCAGCAUUCAGUAAUAUUUUGAGAAAAUUUAUAAUUAAAUCAACAUGAUUAAACGUUUACACAAACACGAGAAUAAAUUUAACUUGAUAUAAAAUUUAUAUACAACGAAAAUACAUCAUGAUAAUCUUGCUUAACAACUACGGGAAAAUAUACAAAAAUGAAAAAAAAAUGACUAAAAUAAAAAUAAAUUCAUGCGCCGAAUUUUGCCAAAUUAACAAAUCGAGUGUUCACAAGAUAAAGAAAAUCGAAAACCGUGUACUAAGCGCGCUCAUCAAACGAUCUCGUAUACUUAAACCAGAAGUAUAAAACAUUUAAUAAUUAUCAUUACUUUCUCUAACGUACAUAAGCCAUGAUUUUAGGCUACUCCGCAUAUCAUCAUAUGGUAGCCUUGUAGCCUAUCGCAUACUCAACAGAUCGUUGAUUGGCAGCUUUUUGUUUUG